AUGCUUCGAGAGUCUGCUUUCUCGGAGUUCAAGUGUGAUAGGCCCGUGUCGCUGGGCAUGAACGUGGACUCCUUGACCAAGAUUUUGAAGAUGACCGGACCUAGCGAUUCGUUGAAGAUCCGGCACAAGGGCGACACCGACGUGGUCAACUUCCAGUGCGAGGGCUCGGACGACCGCAUCUCGGAGUUUGACCUCAAGCUGUUCCAGAUCGAGAACGAGCACAUGGAGAUCCCAGAGCAGCACUACAAAGUGGUCGCGAAGAUGCCCUCCAGCGAGUUCCAAAAGAUCUGCAGGGACCUCAAGGAGUUUGGGGAGACCCUGCACUUGACCGGUGACAAAGAUGGGCUCAAGUUCGUUGUGUCCGGUGACAUCGGAAGCGGCAACGUGCUGCUAAAGCCGCGGGAGACGGACAAGCCAGAGGACAAGGUGUCUCUCACAGUGCACGAGCCGGUUACCGCUGCCUUUGCCUUGCGCUACUUGGUGAACUUCUCGAAGGCAUCGCCCCUCUGUGGCUCCGUCACCCUGGGCUUUGCCCCGGAUGCACCCCUGCUGGUGCAGUACGACCUCGAGACGGAGGACAAGGGCCACAUGAAGUUCUACCUCGCGCCGAAGAUCGAUGAGUGA